AUGACUCAACCUGUGUCGGACACAGGGCAACAGUACAGUGAUGCGCCGGAAGUUGUGCCGGGUUCAGGUCUAGAGGUCGCCUACGAUCAGGCGGGCAUGUACUUGAUCCAGCCCGACCGGCAGAAUUAUCCUGAAGUACAUGCUCCACCAGCAGAGUUGAAAUCCGGGGCGCACAUCACAGAGCAGAAGAUACCCAGUCCCAGGCGCUGGUGGAAACGGAGGAGGGUAUGGAUCAUUCUAGCCGGCAUCCUACUCGCAGUUGUUGCUCUUGUCGUCGGGCUUGUCGUAGGUUUGAAGAGCGCAUCACCAUCGCACGGUGCCCCAGAAACCGGCGAUGCCGAUGCCGAUACCAAUGCCGAUGCCGACGCCGACGUUGACCUAGACCCGCUAUGUAAUGACGAUGUCUGCCGCCAAGUCGUCGCCACAGCGGCCUUCAUAGAUGAGCUGCACAUCUUCAUACGCUCCUCUAACGGCAACAUACAGCACCGUUCAGGCAAUGGAUCUUCUUUCGAUGACAGCUCCUGGGAAGACUUGUUCAAGACCGGCACGCUGACCCAGCCUGUCGCCAUAGCCUGGAAGCCCAACCACACGGACCGCCUCAGCGUCUUUUCGCUCAGCUACCAAGAUCGCACUGUUUACGGCCUCUACUUCCAAGAUGGCAAUUGGUCUGAAUGGGAGAAGAUUGCCUCCGGUGCUGACAGUCAGCCUAUUCUAUGCGAGGUAGACGAAGAUCGCAUUGACAUGUGGACAACGGAUGUGGAGAGUGACAACAUCACUCAGAACUACUGGGACGUCGAGACGAACAAUUUCUGGAGUCAAUCGCAGGGCAAGGGCAAAUUCAGGCCUAGUGACACUGGCCCAGCAAGAUCGGCCGCGGGUAUCGUCUGCCGCGACCACCGUUACAGCGACAUCUGGUGCGAUAUUUGUUGGUAUGAUCGCGACAGGGGCUCCCUUUUGUGUCACUUUUAUAAAGGCAGCGCUGGUUGGUCUAAGCCGAGGGGCUUUGGCGGUUUCUUCAUCGGCGAUCCGGUGUUGGUCUUCUUUGUCAACAACCCACAGCGGCUGGAUUUCUUUGGUGUGGGGGAGGACCAUCAAGUGUAUCACCUCAGUCGCACGAAUGACGAGUACUCAAAGCUGGAGGCGUUGGGCGGCAAUGUGACGAGUACGCCCGCGGUGGUGUCACCGUUCAAGGGUGUGAUGGACGUCGUAGCCCUAGGCAGGGAUGGACGGAUCAAGCAUCUGCAUUAUAAUGGGAGCGCGUGGGCGGAUGAGUGGGAGGAUCUUGGCGUGAGUGCGUCAGCUGCGCCACAGGUAGUCAUUUUCAACGGCAAGGUAUCUACAGCAUACGAUUGUAGAUUGGGACUCAAUCUCAGGUGCGCUGCGGCAUUAUGUGUCUUGGAUGUGAUUGAGGAGUGCGGCUGA